GGGUCCCACAAAAAUGCAACAGAACUGGAUUCUGAGUUAACUACAGAUACUAGUGUUUCAUCAGCAACUUUCACCAGUAUUGAUUCAUCUGAAAACACCCGCACCUUCACUAAUGGUCGAGAACACGUGAAAGGCUGUGCCUCUAAGUACAGGAAUUGCAACUGUGAGGUCUUGACGAGAUAUAGAAUGAGACAAGAGAAGCGUGAACAGAGGAAAAAUCGUCCAGAUCGUGAAUUGGCCCCAAAUGACACAUUUCAUUCCACCAUCUUAGCUGGAAAUGUGGAGACUGCUUGGGCAGGUCCAUCACAGAUUUCUUCAGAUUCCUAUUACAGUGCAGAAGCCUUAGACGACUCAGUCAUCGCCCACCGCAAUAUUGAAACCAAUUCCGCGACUGCAAACAGUGAAUCGCCCACAGGAGGUUUAGACAUGGAAUUGAACGACUCGAAAUCAAGAGAUACAAAUCAUAAUAUUGAUUCUAUUCCAGAAGCCGAUGUACUUUCGGAGAGCCCACCAAUAAUAUCAGAAAAACAAGAGAAGACUUCCUACAUGCGGUUUUUUCUUGAAAAGCUCUCUAGAGAAAUCGACUCGUCACCUCCGAGCACCACAACUAAAAGUGCUAAUCUCAUGAGGGGAUUGGCAAUAUCCUUUGCUAAGAAUCGAGAAGAAUUUACAGAUAAAUUGAUGACGAUCAUCGAAGAGACUGAUCUGAACAUCUGUCACCACUCAGAAGAGAAAAGUCUUGGAAAUUUGAGUCGUUUGACGACAGAAUUUCGAAAGGCUUGUAAGUACAUUAAAAACAAUUCUAUGAUCAUGGAUGAGUCUAUGCCCCCAGAGAUGUUCAAGUCACCCACUGAUGUUUUGAAGACCAUUAUCCCCAGGAGCCCAGCCACUCUACGUGUUUCCAAUCUCUCUCCAAAAGAAAGGAAGGCGGUCGACAUUCGUACCCCUCGUCAAGAGAAUCAGAAGCACGUUAAGAAAGUCUACCGUAAAACACCUAAGAACAUUUCUGAAAAUGCACAGAGAUCGAAUCGUUCGCCUUUAUGCAUUGCAACAUUGAAAAGAGCAAAUGGGACUCCACAGAAUUAUAAGAAUUCUUCGCCAAUUCCUCAAAACUCAUGUAAAAUAUCAGAUACAUUGAGUAAUAAAUCACCUCAUGGUAACAUCACGCCGAAAAACUCUAAAGGAACACCGAAGGUAUUACCACCAACACCCAAAUAUGCAGGCUACAACGAUUCAUUCACGUACUGGGAGGAUUACGCUCAUCAAACCGCGACACCAGAGAGCGAAAGUAAGAAAAGAGAUCUGCGAAAAAGUAAGUCUGUCCCAGAUAUAAAAGCUCAAUUAGAAUCAGCAAGGAUUAAAAGAACUGCAGCGAUUCAGUUCUGCAGUCUGGAGGAUUCUCCACCGAGCUCAUUAUAUAACAUACCGAGAAAGACUUAACUCCACGAAAAUUAGAUACUGCAAAGAAUGUUCGGUCUGCUAUGAGUGAUCUCAAAAGGCCGGCAUUUGUCGUCAAUUUUCGUCGGAGGUCACCAGGUGCUGUUAGAAAAUCCCCCAACGCAAAGUCACCAGUUUCAUCGAAGCAGAAAGAGACAUCUCUUUAUUUACGUGGAUUGAGCGCCAAGAAAACAACUUCAGCAUCAACAUCUUCUGUUCGUCAUCCAACAACUCCGAGAAUUACCAAUCGAAAACUGGCGCUGACAAAUAGCACUCCUAAUUUGGCUUUCACUCCAAAAUCUACACCUUCAAGAUUACGACUGACUUCAGAGGCGAGAACUCCAGCUAGAACCUUGUCGAACGCUAAAAAGACUCCAUCUACGUUGAGUAUUGCUCGGACACCAGCUAAAAUUAACAGAAAAGAUGAACGCCAAGUUAACUCCGUCAAAGUACAGUCUAAACUAUUUGAAGCAAGGACUCCAGUUAGAUCAAAGUCUUCCCAAAAUUUACCUGCAUUCGUGGUUACCCCAGCCACACCAGCCACAAAACGCACUCGCGAUAAAAAUACAUCGCAAAAUUGUAACACAUCCAGAGUGACCAAUAAAUUGGUUCAAACUUCUAAAACUGAAAAGAAACCUGCGAUUACGUACAGACCUGGAAAGGUUUUCAACACACCUGCUAAGGCUGAAGAAAAGACUUGCUCAUUUUUUGCGACUCCAAAUAAUAUCCAAAAGUCUUCAAUCUUAUCAAAACGAGGAAAAUUUUUUGAGACUCCUGUAUCCUCUGCACAGAAGGAGAAACCGAAGAUUACACCUGCUUCAAAAAUUAAGAAGCCUCUUCUUGGGAGAGCUGCAAACAAAGAUUACGAUACGAUCAGAUCACCCGUCUCGGAAUAUAUCAAAUCCACUGAUCCCAAAUUGUUCCAGAAUAUCCGGAGCCACGAUGAUAAAUUUUUAUUGACCCCCAAAGGCAAACGAACUGCUACAUCUGGCGAGACGCUGCGAAUUAAAUUAGGGAAAAAUGUGAAAGAGAAGAAAAGUCAGAGAGAGUCUGAAAAUGACGAGAAUAUACCGGAUACUCAACUGGAUUCCUUCCCGAAAGUGAUAUAUCAGCCAUCCACCAUCGUCCAUGAUAUCGACUGCAGUCCAUCACCAAAAUUACGUGGAGGUCAAAAAGUUCUCAGAGAAAUAAAUGAUCGAAGGGUAGUCAUUCGUCACGAAGGUCGAAUCCAGAACAGCCAAUCGGACCAGUCCAUUCAUAUCUCUAAGCCAGCGCAGAAGAGUAAUUAUGUUGGCCACUCUCAGACAGCUAAGAAACCGUUCAAAUGAUUAUCGAUAAAGCAUCAUGAAAAACCUUAUAGCUAUAAAAUAUAUUAUAUAAAUUGCUCAUUGAAAUAGAAAUACUACAGAAGUUAUUAUUGUCCGACUAUAUUGAAUAAAGUUUUAUACAAAUUA